GCAGGACUCGCCCGCCGACUCCUCACUCGCCUCACGUGACCCGCCUCUGCUGGUGCCUCUCACCCGUCACUCCGGCUCUUCGCUUCCCGUGCCACCAGUGAGCGUUCCCUCGGUGCCUGAGUCGGACCCGCUUUUACCUGCGCUCUCGCACGGCUACGCGCUUCUCAGAUUCCCAGUGUCUACAGAACGAAAUGAAGAUGAAGCUGAGCCUGUUGGUGCUGACCGGGUUGGUCGUCGUGGCAACGUCCAUGACGGUGUCGAUGAAGGAGGCGGCCGAGCUUCCCGAAGAACUGAAGCCCAUCGUGCCCGGCGGCUCGUGGUUCGACGACAUGGCGGUGGAGCGACUGCGGAAGAAGCACGAGGAGCUCAGAGAACUGGGUCGUCUGGAAUCGCACGAGCACAGUGACGAUGACGAAGAGAUGUUCAUCAUGGCUCGCCUCGGCUCGCAUCAGGUGGUGAAGCUGCCCGAGGGGGAGGAGGCCGCGGAGAAGCUUCAUGACCAUCACCACCAUCAUGAAGAUCUGGCCAGUCAGAAUACCCGCGAUGCCAUGAGGUCGUUCCUGCGCCAGCACUCCUUCCAGAAGAAGAAGAUCGCGCCCCUCCACGAGCACGGCCACGAGGACGCUGAGGCCGGGAGCGGGCCUGAGGUCGCGGCCUCUAAGGAGUUCAUGGAGGUGUACGAGAGAGAACUCAAGAAGUUCUUCAGCAAUUUCAUGAGUGCAAUGUUGCAGGCUGAGGUCGGAGGAGUGAGAAUCGAGAACCGAAGCGAGGAAGACAAGGACAGUUUCAACGGACGUCCGAAUGCGGUUGCGUCUCCUUGAAGAUCUUCAGCGACGCAGAUCCUCCCAGCGACCCCUGGUUACCCUCCUUCGCUGGCUGACCUCGCUGGCCGCUCCUUCAACUCCUUGCACGCCGCACUUGUUCCCAGUGGCUCCUAGUUUCCUUCCUUCGCUGGCUGACCUCCUUCACCUCUUUCGAUGCCGCGGUUCGUCCCAGUGGCUCCUGGUUCGUUCCUUCGCUGGCUGAUCUCGCUGUCCUCUCCUUCGCCCCCUUCCACGUCGUGCUUCGUCGGACCUGAUUUCCCUCCUUCGAUGCUCGACUCCAAUGCUCUCUCCUUCCGAUUUCUUCCUUUUGUUCUCUUAGACUUUGAGGAUCAUCUCAUCCUAAGCGUUGCUUCGAAUCGUCCACCUUCCUCAGCUCUUGAUUUCUUGCUGAUUUCCUUCCCGAUCGUCUGCGGAUCGUCUCAGCGGCGGCUAUUUUUCUUCCCGACUUUCUUUCUGUCAGAUUUUCUUCUGUGACUUCGAUCGUUUGACACUUUUCUUCGCCAUUCCAGUGGCUUUAUCGGUAUUAUGUGUGGAGUGUUCGCGUAUAUUUUUUUCUGAACUUUGUGAGUCCUGAAGGUUCAUUUUUUCCCCAUGAAAUUCUAUCGGUCAUUUCUGUUAUAUAUUUUUUCUUUGAACAUUUUCUUUUCACAUCUUUGCCAUUCCAAAAAUAAUUUCAGCCUUCCUUUCCUUGCUAGAUGCUAAACGAUCAGCUGUUCCCUGUCCUCUUCCUACAAGAUUCAUGUCAAAUUCAUUAUUUAUUUCGCAAACAUGUACAUAAAGAAAGUGUCCGAUGGCUUUGUGUAUUAGUAUGUUUUAUCUACAACUUUCAUUAUAGGAAAAGUAAAUCUCUAUUACGUGAUGAACUACUUCCCUAAACAAUGUUACCAAGUUAAAGCAUAAACAUAAUAAUGUUUUAGUGACUUGGUAACACUGGUUCUUUUUUCUCCUCCCUUCAGUGUACUGAUGUUUGUAUUUUGUUCGUCUUAUCACUGCCUUUUGUAAACAAGAAUCUUUAUAUAUAUAUUUAUUUAGCUAGAAUAGAUGUAAUUUUAAGCUCACUGUAGAGAUAUAAUAUGUAUAUCAUGAAAUGUAGAAUUAAAGUGCAAUUACAGUCAAAGAAGAGUACUGUUAUAGAUCUCUCUUUCUGUGUGAAAACUCAAGGUUCUGUGUGAAUUUUUGUAAUUCACAAAACCUUAUUACAGAAAGACUAAGCAAAGCACAAUAUAUAGGGAUUUGGGAAGCUUAUUUCAGCCCUAGAAUAAAUUUGCAAAUGUGC